AUGCGACGCCUUGUGCGCGCAUCCGCUCCUGUGACGGCCUUGGCCCGCGAAGUGUGGCGCGGUCGUGUUCUCUGGGCCCCUCGUGCGCAACCCCGACAUCGUGGGUUUGCUGGGGGCCGUCGUCCAGCAGCUCAACAGGAGGAAGGCAAUGUGGGGAGGUCGCGAAUAACAUUUCACACCGUACCCCCGCUGCAGGUGGACAUGCGGGCGGAGUCGCAGGUUGAGUCCUUCUUGAGAUCCCAGCUGCGGGGGGCGGAGUCGUCGCCGUCACUGUCAACAAAGCUGCUCUCCGCGCCCAGCGUUUGUGUGGUAAAUGUCCCCAGGUCCACCUUGAAGCGGGCCGUGCUGGACUUCCAUGUGCGAGGAAGACCGGUGCGGGCAAUGGGACAAUCUUGCCGCGCAAAAAAAGCCAGGGCACUUUGCUGCAUGCACGCAGCGAGGCUCAUUGAUCACUUUUCGCUAGACGACGUGAACAGCAGCAGUGCCGCGCCUCCGCCACUGGAGGAGGGCACCGAAGAACGCGCUCGUAGUAAUUAUCUGAAGGAUGUGAUGUGUGUCCGACGACGUUCUUCCACAACGACCCCGCAGCCAGAAGAAUAUGCCCGAUGGGAAGAGUACGUGAAUGAGAGCAAACAUUAUGUUGAAGUGCAGGAAGAAAGGCGACGAAAUGCGGCGUUCGAGCAGCUGCGUAUUCCCCUUUCUGGAAACCCAUUAGUUGACAGAGCUGCGGUAAUGACAGAGCGGGAGCAGCACACCAAUCGACUGGCUCUUCAAAAGCUUAACAACGAACUUUUUGGGGCCAGCAGGGAUGUGAACGUUAUUCGCGUGUCUCAGCGUGUGUUCGUCGCCACGCUCAUAUUGGACAGCGCAUCAAAGUUGGUCGCCACUGGUGUAGCUGCGAGCGCACAAGAGGCGAAGCAACGUGUUGCAAUGCAUGCGCUUAAUAUUAUCAGGCUUGUGAAGGAGCAACGACAGUCUUGUAUCGUGGAUGGGAAGGCAUCUGUUGAUGCAGGCUGUGGAAGCUGCGCCUCCGCUGUCGCCGUGUCCCUCAGCCUUACCCCACGUUACUCAAAAAUGCUAGACUUCUUCACACUUCUCUUUGGUGUGGCUCCGUCUCCUACCUUCACGAAGGAGGGACGUUUCUACAUUUGCACCAUGAAGUUGGACGGGGUGACCUGCACAGGACGAGGCAUUAACAGGUUUGAGGCGGAGCGCCAGGCCAUCGAAAACACCUUGGGAGAGAUGGAGCUGUAUGAUGAGCGGCUGCAUGGCAUUAACAGCAUCAUUGCGCAGUACCCGAGCCUUCAGCCGCAGUGUGUGCCGACGGUCAAACUGCCGGAUGGGUUGAAGAAUGAGAUCCACGCCUUUGUGCAGCGCUGUCAUACGGAACUUCACCUGCACGAUGAUGAAGCUGCGGCGGGAGGCGGCGUUCAGGAGGGCGCACCUGACAUGAUUUCAUCGGACAAUUUUCUGGAGGACGAGACCCGAUCGACUAUCAAGGCCCUGGAGAACGUCACUCGCGAUGAGGCCUACGCGCGACGGCUACGCAAACGCCUGUGUGAAGUCAGGGCGAACACGAAAUAUCUUGAGCUGUUUCACCCCCGUCGCUCAAGCCUGGCGAUUGCGUCCGUGGAGCGGGAUAUACUUGACGCGAUGGACCGGCACCGUGUGGCUGUCGUCUGUGGGACCACUGGAUGUGGCAAAACAACCCAGGUUCCGCAGUACAUCCUUGAUAGGGAGAUUAUGGAGGGACGGGGUGACCGGUGCUGUAUCGUCGUGACUCAACCCCGUCGACUGAGUGCGUUUAGUAUCGCAGAUCGCAUCGCAAGUGAGCGCCUGGACGUGGUGGGAAAAGAUGUUGGGUAUGCCGUGCGGCUGGAUGCCCGACCGGGGCGUCACAUCACCCUCUGCACCACCGGAGUGCUGCUUCAAAUGUUCUCCGGUAUGCCGUCACUGGACGCGGUCAGUCACCUUGUCAUUGACGAGGUCCAUGAGCGGGACAUCAACUGCGAUGUGGCCCUGGCACUCGUCAAGCAACUUUUGAUGAGCGGCAAGAACCCGAACUUGAAAGUGCUGCUCAUGAGCGCAACGAUGCAGUCUGACAUGUUUGCAUCCUACUUUGGCGAGGCCCCCGUGAUCUCCGUCGAGGGUGCGGUGUACCCGGUGAAGGAGUGCUACCUGGACCACGUGGCCCAGCUUUUCCAGCGCUCCUCCCUUCCUGGGUACUACAGCCGCAUGUUUGACUCCCUCAGCAGCGCGACCACAUCACAGCGUCGCACCACGCACCGCAACAGAGGUGGGAGUCGCGGGGUAAAGUGGCAACUCACAACGCCGCUAAAGACAGACUAUGCUCUCCUUGCACGUCUCAUUGAACGAAGUGUGGUGGUGGAUCUUCACGGAGAGGUUGCGGGUAAAUCUGUUCUUGUGUUCCUCCCAGGCUGGAAGGAGCUGGUGGCGGCAAAGCAGGCUCUUGAGGCUCUAGCGGGUGAGAAGCGAUAUCAUAUUAUUCUCUUACACUCCUCCGUAGACGCACGGAAGCAGAGGGAGUGUUUUUUGCCCGCGCCCGAAGGAUGUGUGAAAGUGGUACUCGCCACAAACAUUGCUGAGAGUGGUAUCACCAUUGACGAUGCGGCGGUGGUGAUUGACACCGGUCUGAUCAAGCAAACCUCGUGGGUGUCGCGUGUGCGUGAACCGCAUCAGGAGCAUCACGCCUCUUCGUAUUCCACUCAACUUGCUCUACAGUAUGCAAGCCGCGCCAACUGCACGCAACGCAAAGGCCGUGCUGGGCGCACGCAAGGUGGAAUUUGUUAUCGUCUCUUUCCACGAGAGGUUUGGGAUGUGCUGCCUUCCUUUCAAGAGGCGGAAAUUCACCGUGUUCCACUCACGCAAGUCCUGCUUACGCUCUUGUCACUUGGUCACACAAACCCUAAAGAGACGCUUCAAACGUUUAUUGAGCCGCCCUCUAAGAAAAAUGUUGAGGCCUCAAUGCGACAACUGCAAAGUUUGGGGGCAGUGACAGCGGCUGAGAAGUUAACGCCGCUUGGGUUGUACCUCUCGCGGCUGCCGUGUGACCCGCGCAUUGGCAAGAUGAUUAUGAUGGGCGCGGUGCUGCGUUGCCUGGAUUCUGCCCUAACGAUGGCGGCAACGGCGGAUGUCAGUCCAUUUGUAGCUGGCCGCGAGUUCUCCUUUGAGGUGCGACAGCGACGUCAUCUCUUUUCGAUGGGCUCACAGAGCGACCACAUCUCUGCCUUGAAUGCCUACAACGCCUUCUGUGGUCGCCAAGGGGAUGCCGCCUUCGCCAACGAAAACUAUCUCCACGCGGGUAACAUGCGGAUAGUCUCCCGUUACAAGCAACAGUACCGUGACAUCCUGCGUCGCUCGGGGUUUAUACGAGACGGGGAAUCCAGCUCGCCUGAAGCCCUUGACGAAGACUUCAUCGCGCCCAACGAUGGUGCAGCGGCGCCGCUGCACGUUGACUCCGGUCCACUGUCGCUUGAUGCCGCGGACGUCACACUCGCUAAGGCCUGCCUCAGUGCAACGCUCUUUCCUAACGUUGCCGUGCUGGACCCCACCCCGUUGCUGCAAGGUGGUAAGAGAGCGAAGACACUGGUGAUGCGCACCGCCACGCACAGCAGCAUCGCACCUUCCAAAGAUAGUGCUUGUCGUCGCCUUGGACCUCCCCGCGUCAAUGGUGUUCUAACUUCAAAGGAGUUCUUUGCUGCCGAUGCAGGGCGUGGUGACAAUGCCCCUGUCAUCCCCUCCAUGUUUUACAUGUACCAAAGCAUUUUUUGCGUAAAGGAGUCGAGGGAAGAGUUUCUCACGCAGGUCUCCUCAGUCAGUCUGUGGGCACUGCUGCUCUUUGGCGUCGGUGAGGCGGAGAUGCGGUUUGACCCGCUUCUGCAACUCUGUGUUGUCGGGGGAUGGAUAGGCAUACACAUCGACGCCAGCUCCUUCGCCGCGUUGCACGCACUUCGCUCCACCCUGCACACCUGCGUCUGGAGAAAGUACCAGAAACCGGACGACGGGAAGAACAAUGAGGCACUUGAGGUUCUCCGACGCCUCUGCAAAGAUGUGUUAAAGUCACCACCAAAUGAUAAGGAGCAGUAUGUCAAUCGUCUUGUCGACACCGGGCGUAUCCUCUCUCCCUCACGGCUUGAGCCGCUCAUCACAGACCCCAGUGACGAUAGUGAUGCAUGGGAAUGA